UGCUUAUCAGGACGAGGAGCGGGGUGGCAUGUGACCGGAUCACAUGAGAGGCUGCCGUGUUGUUGUAGUCAGUCAGCUGGCCGCACACAGACACCAAGCACCGGGUGGUGUGUGAUUUCAUCAAAAUAUAUUGUAGUUUACAUAUUACAAGAUGGACAUCCGCGGGGCUGUGGACGCUGCAGUCCCCACCAACAUCAUUGCUGCUAAAGCGGCUGAGGUUCGGGCCAAUCAGGUCAACUGGCAGUCCUAUCUCCAGGGCCAGAUGAUUUCAGCAGAAGACUGUGAGUUUAUCAAGAAGUUUGAAGUGGCUCACUCUGAGGACAAACAGGCCAUUCUGUCCAAUGAAGGCCAUCAGUGUGCGAAGACCUUUCUGAAUCUGAUGGCUCACAUCUCCAAGGAGCAAACAGUCCAGUACAUCCUGACUCUGAUUGAUGACACUCUGCAGGAGAACCAUCAGCGGGUGAACAUCUUCUUUGACUAUGCCAAGAGGACGAAGAAUACUGCUUGGUCCUAUUUCCUUCCAAUGCUGAAUCGUCAAGACCUCUUCACUGUCCACAUGGCUGCAAGGAUUAUUGCUAAGCUGGCCGCCUGGGGACGUGACCUGAUGGAGGGAAGUGACCUUAACUACUACUUCAACUGGAUCAAAACUCAACUGAGCUCACAGAACCUACAUGGUACAGGUCCAGAAACAAGCUCAGGCGCAGGAACUAUUUCCCCAAGUGAAAGCUCUCAGUAUGUCCAGUGUGUGGCCGGGUGCCUUCAGCUGAUGCUGAGGGUCAAUGAGUAUAGAUUUGCCUGGGUCGAGGCUGAUGGUGUGAACUGCAUCACUGCUGUGCUCAGCAACAAGUGCGGCUUCCAGCUCCAGUACCAGAUGAUCUUCUGUGUUUGGCUGCUGGCCUUCAGUCCCCAGCUCUGCGAGCAGUUGCGGCGUUACAAUUUGGUGCCAGUCCUGUCCGAUAUUCUCCAGGAGUCUGUCAAGGAGAAGGUCACGCGAAUCAUUCUGGCUGCCUUUCGGAAUCUCCUAGAGAAGUCUGCAGAGAGGGAGACCCGUCAAGAGUAUGCCUUGGCCAUGAUUCAGUGCAAAGUGCUGAAGCAGCUGGAGAACCUUGACCAGCAGAAGUAUGAUGAUGAGGAUAUCACUGACGAUAUCAAGUUCCUGUUGGAGAGGCUGGGAGAGAGUGUGCAGGACCUCAGCUCCUUUGAUGAGUACAGCUCAGAACUGAAGUCCGGCCGCCUGGAAUGGAGCCCCGUGCACAAGUCAGAGAAGUUCUGGCGCGAGAACGCUGUCCGCUUGAACGAGAAGAACUAUGAGCUACUCAAGAUCUUAACCAGGCUGCUGGAGGUGUCUGAUGACCCGCAGGUUAUUGCAGUGGCAGCCCAUGACGUUGGGGAGUACGUGCGACAUUACCCACGUGGCAAACGAGUGAUUGAGCAACUGGGCGGGAAGCAACUGGUGAUGAAUCACAUGCACCAUGAGGACCAGCAAGUCCGCUACAACGCCCUGUUGGCUGUGCAGAAGCUCAUGGUCCACAACUGGGAAUACUUAGGAAAACAACUCCAGUCCUCUGAUGAGCAACAAUCUCAAUCUCGAACCUGAACUGUUCCUCUGCAUGGAUGUUCAUGGAUUAAUGUGUGGAUGAGUGUGUACUGUAUGUAUGUCAUUCUGUUCAUUUCGUGUAAUGACUCGAUCAAUAAUGUCUGGCUUCUCAUCUGUAAACAUCCCACUUUAUUCUUGAUGUUAUUUGAUUUAAUCGUGCGAUGUGAUGUGCAGUGAUUGGAGUAGCACUUUGUCUGUGAUAAUGUGUAAAAUUGCAAGUUAUUUAAGUCUUACCUGUAAAACAUGGUAUAUAUUCCAAUAAAGACACUUAUCGGUGGUACUUUGUGUUGUAA